UUUGGAGAGACGGACGCGGGCGCGCUGGGGGGCGCGGAGGACUCUCUGCUGGCGUCUCCAGCCCGGGCCAGAACAGCUGCGGGGCGGACUGCGGAGAGCCCGGGAGGCUGGGACUCAGACUCGGCACUCAGCGAGGAGAACGACGGCCGGCGGCGCUGCGCGGACCCGCCCGGGGCCAGCGGGGCCGGCCGCGCGGGGGGAACCCUGGGCCUCGGCCAGCCUGUCUGCGAGCUGCCCGCCUCCAAGGACCUGGAGGAGGAAGCGGCGGGCCAGAGCGACAGCGAGAUGUCGGCCAGCGUCUCAGGCGACCGCAGCCCGAGGGCCGAGGAUGACAGUGUUGGCCCCGGAGGCGCACGCGUGCCGGCGCUGUGCAGCGGCGCGGGCGGCGGGGGCAGCGGCGGACCGACCUGCGGCGCCGAGGAGGAGGAGGAGCCGGCGGCGCCCAAGCCCCGCAAGAAGCGCUCGCGGGCCGCCUUCUCCCACGCUCAGGUCUUCGAGCUGGAGCGCCGUUUCAACCACCAGCGCUACCUGUCGGGGCCCGAGCGUGCCGACCUGGCCGCGUCGCUGAAGCUCACCGAGACGCAGGUGAAGAUCUGGUUCCAGAACCGUCGCUACAAGACCAAGCGCCGGCAGAUGGCCGCCGACCUGCUGGCCUCAGCGCCCGCUGCCAAGAAGGUGGCGGUGAAGGUGCUGGUGCGCGACGACCAGAGACAGUACCUGCCCGGCGAGGUGCUGCGGCCCCCGUCGCUCCUGCCACUGCAGCCCUCCUACUAUUACCCCUACUACUGCCUCCCGGGCUGGGCGCUCUCCACGUGUGCGGCCGCCGCGGGCACCCAGUGAGCCGACGUGGGGUGAGGCCGCUAUGAUCCCCG